UUUAACAGGUAUUCUGGGACUGAUACCAGAUGCACUUGAUGGUUUGAGUUUUGCUCUGUUUAGCCCUGCCAUUUUGUGUUCUUGGCCCUUAAAGCACUCUCCAGGCCAGCAGGCGGCACUCCGCUACCACACAAGCCCUGAACGGCCCCAGAAGUACAAAGAGAAAUCCAAGAUAUUAGAGAACGAAGACGUCCAACUCAGAGUGAGGUCCUCACUUACUCGCGCUGAAAACAAACCUCAGAACUACACUUUCAGCGAAUAUAAUGCAGAUUUAUUUACGGAGACUGUGUAAAAAGUCGUUUACUAACAAAAUGAAACCGUAUCAGCCGUAUCUACCACACUUAGAGACAUUUACUCAACAUUGAGCAGCAAGAAAACGAUUCAAAGUUGUUUCGUCCGCUUGCGAAUCUCUGUAUUGAUGAGCUCUCUGAUCAAAAUGGCUGCCCACUGUUUCACUCAAGUUGCUCCAUGUUAACAGGUUAAAGUCUCUUUUUCUCCACGACGAAGAAGAUCGAAGAAAAUAGCGUUUGAUUCUUGCAGGUCAGAUGUACAAACCUGAGAGUCGAGAUGUCACUUGGAAAGACCCCAGUCAGCGUUGUGAAUUUGGGGAGGAUUGCUUACCGAAGUGCCCUACAGAUACAGCAGCAUUAUAUUAAACAACAUUUUGAUUCUUCCAGCCAGAUUCCAAACACUUUGCUACUCUGUGAGCACUAUCCUGUUUACACUAUCGGAAUUAGGCGAGCGCAGUAUCCGGCUGAAGAAGAGCAAAGACUGAAAGAUCUGGGUGCAGACUUUUUCCGCGCAAAUCGAGGUGGCCUGAUUACUUUUCAUGGACCAGGGCAGCUGGUUUGUUAUCCCAUCCUCAACCUAGGCUGCUUUAAGAAGAGCGUAAGGUGGUACGUGUGCGAGUUGGAAAGGACAGUGAUUGAGAUGUGCAGCAAGUUCAGGAUCAAAGCUUCUACCUCUCCAGACACUGGAGUCUGGGUUGGAAAUAACAAGAUAUGUGCAAUCGGCAUCCAUUGUGGGAGAUAUGUGACGUCUCAUGGUUUGGCUUUGAACUGCAACACUGAGUUGAGCUGGUUUGAGAACAUUGUGCCCUGUGGCAUUGUGGGAAAAGGAGUCACUUCGCUCAGUCGGGAGCUUGGACGUGAUGUUACGAUUGAAGAGGCAACUCCAGUGUUAUUAGAGGCUUUCAGUAAACAGUUCAGUUGCGCACUGACAGAAGCUCAGAGCUUUAGUGAUCACACACAACAGACUGUACAUUGAUAAAUGUUGUACCACUUAAUUGUAGGUGACAACACUAAUCAUGCAUUCUGGCCUGUUUGCAGUUUUAUACUACAGCGUCAUUAACCUUAAUAGAAGAUUAAAUGUUUUGGCAGAAUCA